AUGAUUCAGGUCGGUGGUCAUGGGGAUCACAUUUGUCAGUGUCGUACAGUGACUUUGACCACAGACAAAGUCAUCCCCAUGCAAAUGGACGGCGAACCUUGUCGUUUGAUGCCGGCCACAAUACAGAUUCGCUGUUCUCAUCAAGCACUAGUAGUCCAAAAACAAGGACAUCAACCCACAUAUACAACACGCGGACCCGGUCGAUCAUUCCUUGUUUCUGGAGCUCAUCAAACCCGGUUGAUCAUUUUCGUCAUCUCGUUGAAGGACUAUCAGGCGAUCCCGGAUGAUGCGAUCGCACUGAGACAAAUUGCUGCGUUCUACGGUUCGGGUGGGCGUCCAGUUCAACGCCGAUUAAGCCAUGGAAGCUGUUUUCCCGUAUCGUGGUUUGUCGAAAAUAAGUCCUACCUUCCGGAUUUUUUUGGUCUUCCUGCAGAGAUCGAAAGAAUUACGUCCGAACGAGAAGACCGGCGAGAACCCAAGCCUCUGCUGAGUUGUUCUUCCACUCUAGAUACCAAACAGUGUGCGAAUGUCACCUCGACAAUGGACCUAGAAAAUGAACAACUAACGCAUACGAUCCCACUUCAACAGAACAACAAUCAGUCUGAUCAAGACAAAGCCUGGCAUUCAGAAAAUGUCCGGCCCAGAUUAGCCACAUUUCGAUCAAUUUCAGUCGUAUGUGAUCCCCGAGAACAAAAUGAAACCUUGAAAAGCUCUUCGGGUGUCACUGGUGAGACUACAAAGACCCACAGGAAAACCCGAUCAUUUGAUCAAACUUCAGAGAGCUCGAUGGAACGAGUGACCGACUGGCUACAUGUGCACAGCUCGUGCGAUGACAGUAUUUGCAGUUCGAUAAGUGAGCGCACGUAUGAGACUGAGUUGCUUCCAUCCGAUAGUGAACGAGGGCCAGCACUUUCUACGAACACGGAACGUCGAGACCGAGCAAAAUAUUUGGAAACGGUGGAUUCGUUGCAAAUACGCUUGGAUCGAGCACUCUUGAAUGCCUCUCGUAAAGGUAACGUGCAACAGAUCGACGCUUUGCUGGAGGCCGGAGCAAAUAUUUUGGCAGUGGAUGAGCGCGGUCGGUCUAGUUUACACUUGACCACGAAGUUCGGGUGUGACAGAGCAGUACGAACGCUGCUGAAAUACGGUGCAGUUGGGAUACGCCCGCAUUCCUAUCAGUCAAAAAUGAUCGUUUCCCUAUUCAGCCGUACCGCAUCAACUGCUCAGUCGUCAUUUGUAAACUCGUCCAUCUGA